AUGGACAACGAGGUGCCACAUCAUAACAUGCCACCAUCGCCACAUCAACAGAUGCCUAAACUCACAGCUAACUUGCUCUUUUCAGUCACAACAAUAUGUCUUGGCUCCCUACAAUUUGGGUAUCACAUGGCUGAACUCAAUUCACCCGAGUUGGUCCUCACAUGCAAGCGUUCACAACCAGGGCCAGUGCCUUAUAUGGAUUCAUUCUGGGGCUCACAUGGUUAUAUCCAAUGCAUACCAAUGACUCCGGACCAAAUUGGGUUGGUUACGUCGAUAUUUUCCAUUGGUGGAUUAGUGGGGUCAUUCUAUGUUGGUCAUUUAGCCGACAAGUAUGGCAGGAAGCUUACAAGUUACUUGCAUUGUGCUAUGUAUAUAAUAGGAUCGGUAUUGAAUGGGUUGGCCAAUACGUUUUAUGGAUUGAUUUUUGGUAGAUUUAUCUGCGGAUUAGGUGCCGGGUCUGCAUUAGUCAUUACAUCAUUGUACAUCAAUGAAGUUUCACCCACGCAUACAAAAGGGUUAUUGGGAUCCAUGAACCAAGUAAGUAUCAACGUGGGGAUAUUGCUCACCCAAUUACUUUCUCUCAAGUGGUCUAAUGACAACGAUUGGAGAUGGUUGUUGAUUACAGCUGGUGUUAUUGCCGCAAUCAAUGUCAUCGUAUUGACAAUAUGGGUUGACGAAUCACCUAUGUGGUUGGUAAACCAGGGGAACCAUGAUCAAGCAUAUACUGUUUUGCAUAGGCUUAGAGGAGGAAGCUACUCUGGAGUCACUGCUGAAGUAAACAGUUGGAAGACAAACGACGAGUCAGCUGAGGAGAGUAACUCGUUGAUGGAAGAAGGUGAUUUGGAUACACAGCAAGACCUGUCCAAGAGUGCCACUACUUUAUGGGAGUACAUCACAUCUCCCGAAUUCAGACCCUCACUCAUUGCUUCAGCCGGCGUUUUGCUUUUGCAGCAAUUUGAUGGUAUUAAUUCCAUCAUUUUUUACGGAGUUUCGGUGUUGGUGUCGGUUUUCCCUAACCAUUCAAUCUUGAUCAAUUGUUUGAUUUCAUUGGUGAAUGUAGUGGUUACGUUUGGCUCUGCCACUAUUGUAGAUAAAGUUGGUCGCAAGCCGUUGUUGCUCACGUCAGUUAGUUUUCUUGGUAUUGCAACUGUCUUGAUGGGUUUCGGAAUUAUCUGGACAAGUUCAAUAAUGUCCAUUAUAGGUACCUUUACAUUUAUUACAUUUUUUGCCAUUGGUCUUGGCCCAAUCCCAUUCUUGUUGGUGGGUGAAGUGACGCAAACGAAAGCCAAAGCAUCAGCUCAAAGUUUUGGUACUAGUUUGAAUUGGAUUGCCACUUUUAUUGUUGGGUAUCUGUUCCCAGUAUUGUUGCAUGCAAUAGGGGGUUCGGUUUACUUUAUAUUCACAGCCAUGUGUGUUUUCAGUGUUUGGUUCAUUAGAACUUAUGUGCCUGAAACUAAGGGGAAACUGACUUAUCAAGAAGUGUGGAGUGGAUGA